UAGAGUCAGAGGUAGAGGUAGAGUCAGAGAUCCCCUUCUCCAAACUCGUUACCUCUCUGUCUUUAGUCACAUUUCAUUUUUUUUUUCUUGAAACCAAAGUUUGCACCUUGAUCAUUACCCUGCGCUAAUAUUGCACAAAGUUCCUUUUUUUUAUUUUUAUUUUUCAUGUGUGUAUCCCUUCUUUUUUUUCUCAUCAUGCUCAUCAUUGGAGUAUCAGUGCUAAAGAGUUCUCGUCUUUCUUUCUGAAGAAGGAUUUUGACGGGCCGCCGCCUUUAGAGAGCUUUCUUAUGACGAUGACGUGGGGUGAGCGGACGUUAAGGAGAACAGGAACCGCACCUCCGUCACCUGCAGCAGCACCGAUCAGCGCAGCCAAGAGGAGCCUAUCCAAGCUCAGCCGCAAGCACAGCAAUGGAUCUGUCCAAUCUAGCUCAUCGGCUGGUACUGCCAUGUCUGUGGAGGGCGUGGGCUUCAGGCAACCAGCCAAGAGCAGAAUCCGCCGACAUCAGCACCGCCUUUCCUCUGUGUUCAGCCGUGGUGUGCUCUCGGCUCGUGCGGACAUAGUUACAGCUGGAGAAGAGCCAUCAGUAACAGACGAUCCCUCAGAACUGUCCAGUCACAUAACGGCACCAGGUAUCCUGAAGAUUUUUGGCACCGAGAUAUGCGAAGGUGCCAACUAUAAGAGCGUCCUGGCUACAACCCACUCCAGUGCCAAAGAGCUGGUGAAAGAAGCACUCGAGAGAUACUCUCUGAACAAAGCGGAUGCUGAUGCCUACGUCCUUUGUGAUGUUAUCGGCUGCAUCAGAGAACGAGAAUGGAGGAGCGAGUGUGUGCGUGUGGUGGGAGAUAACGAGCGGCCGCUGCUCCUGCAGUCGCUCUGGAAGCCCAGAGAAGGCUACGCACGGCGCUUUGAAAUCCAGAGUAGAGUCAGCGUGGAAGAGAAGAUCUCCAGAGACAAGGAUACAGUGACUGCAGGGAUCAACGCUCAGGCUCGUAAACUGCAGAAGACGCGCUCACGGGGGAGGUCUGUGGUGUUCAACGGAGGCGGGCGUGGCAUUGCCACUGAUAUUGGGCUGAGUCUGUGUAGGAGUCUCAGUGAAGCAGAUCUCAGGCCCUCCCCUGAGCCCCAGCAGAGCCUUAAGAGCCAAUCGGGUGGAGAGGACUUGGAGGCCUACAAAGAGCUGCCCUGUGCAGCUGGCAGAAAAGAAGAGACGGAGAGCAGCGAUGACAACUGCACACAGUAUUCCAUUCACCCACCCGAACACUUCCCUUACUUCCUGCUACUGCAGGGCUUCAGUUACAGACAGGACUUCAUCAUCUAUUCUCUAAAUAGCAGCUGUACAGUGUUUGGCCAUCAUUCUGAGCAAUCUGAUGGAGUGAAAGAGCGGCCAGCUGUAGGUGUGACUCUUUGGGCUCCUGACAUCCAACCACAGCACUGCUGCAUUCAGAGAGUCCAGGUCACAACUUCUGACCUUCAGCAAGAUGAUAGGAAAGGACCAGGAGUCACAGUUCUGAAGCCGUUACAUGGAGCAUUGGUCAAGAGGAACGGAGAUGUUGUCAACCAAGAGGUGGAGCUUCAUUCGGGAGAUGUCAUAGGCUUGGGCGAGAAUUACCUCUUCAUGUUUAAGGAUCCCAACACUGAAAUUUUGGGAAAAUCCCCUAGUGUAGCUCCUCCAUGGCGACAUGACUCACCACAACCUCAUCCUCCGACAUCAUUUCCUCUCUAUCAGAGAUGUAUGUUAUCUAUGUCAGAGGGCUCAGGAACACCCUGCGCUGCAGAAAGCACCAUGCCCUGCCUGAGGGACACAAACGGACAAGAGCUCAUCCUCUUUUAUGACGUAGAGCACGAAACACGGGUCCUAGAGGAGAUAUUUACAAAGGUAGACCGUCAUGAAGACCUGCACAAGCUCACCCCAUCUUUCCUGAUGUGUUUAUGCCUCCAGCAAUCAGCCACACAUUUUCCCAUGACCGACCUGCGACGACUUCUGCUACAUAUCGCCAAUAAGGUUCAAAUAGCUGUAUUGGAAAGGGCGAAGGAGCUUGCAGCUAUUCAGUCUGAAAUGGACGGCAUUGACCCAGUGGAUCUGCAGCCGGAGAACCUUCUCAGAAGUCUGCAGCCGCUUGUUCUGUGGAUGGCCAACUCCAUAGAACUCCUCCAUUUCAUCCAUCAAGAAGUGCCUUGCUUGUUGCAUGGGAUUUCACGAAUGGAGGAGGAGGAGGAGGAAGAUUGCAUGGCUGUGUUGGAGCUGCGCUUGUCUACGGUGCGUCCUGCCAGCGAGGAGGCCAUGACGGUCCUGGAGGAGGUCAUUAUGUUUACCUUCCAGCAGUGUGUCUAUUACCUCACCAAGCUCCUGUACCCAGUCCUCCCAGGCCUGUUAGACAGUAAUCCUUUCUCAGAGAAUGGGCAGGUACAGAUCCCUGAUGAAGUUGCCAGCGUGUUGGACAUCUUAACAAAGACACUGAAGCUCAUCAAAGACUUCAACAUACACCCUGAAAUUUCCAUACAGCUCUUCACUUACCUCUUCUUCUUUGUCAAUGCCUUCCUCUUCAACCUGCUCAUGGAGAGAGGAUCAGGGGGAAGCUUUUACCACUGGUCCUGUGGAGUUCAGAUCCGUGCAAAUUUGGAUGUGCUGAUAGACUGGGCUUACACGGCAGGGCUCGGAGAGCUGGCACAGAGCCACCUCGUCAAACUCUCCUCCGCUGUCAAUCUGCUGGCCACCACUCGAGAACAUCUGCUGCAGGCAUCAUGGGGUUCUUUGAGGACAGAGUUUUCCUUACUUAGCCCUGCUCAGCUUCACCACAUGCUGAGGGAGUACAACCCACGCCGGCCCUGCCCCUCUGCAUGGACGCCCUGCAGCGCCGACGCCGACGCAGCAUGCCGAACUGCUGAUAUCCUUGAAAGCUUUGAUGACCACCCGCCUCUUGUCCUGCCCAUCGAUGGCUUUCAGAUGAACUUUAAAAAGCCUAUUAGAGAUACAAGGCUCAUUGAAGAACUCGUGCAGCUUCAGGCAGUCAUCAAGGCACUUAAUGUUGGAGCAUCAACUGCACAAUGUGCUCACCGUGAAUCCGCCGUACCCCUGGAAGCCAAACGCACCAAAAUGGACGUUUUUCCAAAAGCCCAUCUGGAACAAGGACACACACUAUUGAUGCUGCCUAAGAACUGUGAUUCUUCCACUUGUUCUUCAGUAUCAGGUGACGAGGGCGUGUGUGAAGUUGUGCUUACCCAAAAGAUAAAGGCUCUGGAUCUACAGGACAAAGAGACGAACCACAACAGCAAAACUAAGCACUUAGCACUGGAAACCUCGUGCUUGCUCACCCCACCUAACACACCACUGAGCUCAGAGUCCAGGACCGAAUGCCAGGAUAUGCAGUCCCACCAUCACACUCCCCAGAGCUGUGAUACAACCAAGCAUGAGGAAGGAGGAUGUGGAAGGCAUGGAGUCGGCGAUGAUGACGUGUUUGUGGUGGAGCUGUUGAAGGGCCCUGGAGGAUUAGGACUGUCUCUAGUGGAUGGGGUGUAAAUAUAUCACCCUAAAAACACUACAACAGUGAAGUUUGGAGGGGGAGGCAUCAUGGUGUGGGGCUGUUCUUCAUCGCAUGGUGCUGGCAGACUUCAUAUAAUUGAAGGAACGAUGAAUGGAGCCCUUUACAGGGAGAUUCUUGAGAAGAAUCUGCUGCCAUCCACCAGGAUGAUGAAGAUGAGACGUGGGUGGAUCUUCCAGCAGGACAACGAUUCAAAGCAUCCAGAAAAGGAGACGCUCAAUUGGUUUCAGUGAAAAAAAUCAAGCUGUUAGAUUGGCCCAGUCAAUCACCUGACUUGAAUCCAAUUGAACGAGAUUUAAAGACAAUAUGUUUAGAAGAAUGGGCCAAAAUCACACCUGGAUACUGCGGCCCAUUAAUUUCUUCAUACAGGAAGCGUCUUGAAGCUGUCAUUACAAACAAAGGCUUCUCCACUAAGUAUUACAUACAUUUCAGUUAGUGUGUUCAGUACUUUUUUCCUGUGUUGUUCCUCUUUAUUCCACAUAACUUUAUUUACGGACUUUAAUGUUGUGAAUUCUUUAUAUUUCCAGAUUUCUUGAGUUAAUACUGAUGUCUGGUGAAAUUUUCAUGCGAAUAGCCUCAUUGGAAAUAUAUUUACUGAAAAAAAAAAAUGUUGACGCGUCCAAUACUUAUUUCCCCCACUGUAUAUCUUAUUCUGCGAAUUGUUUACAUCCAUGAUAUUUCAAACUAUGGCAAGCAAUGUCUUUUGAGUCAAGUGUGUGAUGAUUUAGACCUGUAGUUUGAUGAUACUAAACCCGCGGCUAUCAUUCUUCAGAGAAGAGCGGGGCACAACUUUUUGCUUUCUCAAUUAAAGUACUUUCUUUUUUUGCAUGAAUUUGACUAAUGUCUGAUACAGAUAUUUGGUCUUGUUUUAUGAAUGAAACAUGUAAAAAAAAUAAUAAAAUUCCAUUAUUUAACCGGAAUGAAGAGAAGUGAAAUGUUAGAAAGCGCCCCAAUAGGUGGGGAAUGUUGUAACAUGACCAUACGACGGCUUAAAAUCCUGCUCUAACAAUUUAAUCUGAUUUAAUUAAAAGAAAAAAAAAACAUACACGAUAAACUAUGAUAUUAUGUCAGCAAAAACAUUUAUAAAAUCAUAAAGGCGAAUGAAAUAAUGUACAUUUACAGUACAUACUAUAAAUUUUAGUGCUUGACAGUGAACACAGAACAAAGCCGAAGUGAAGGCCAACAUAAUGAAGGCAAAGAGAAACAGCCAUACACACACACACACACACACACACACACACACACACAGGUACACCCCUGUCUGUCUUUCUUGAUCUGUUUCUCAAGCUGCAGUAAAUAAAAUCAUAAAAAGGAAUCGUGUGAAUUUACAUGGCUAACUGCAUGGAAUAGCAUAGUUUCUUGUAAUAGCGGGGCACGUUUUAACACAGCGUUACAACGUGAGAUUCGGACCGGACUAUUCAAUUCUGUAGGCUAUAUAAGCAUUUAGAGACUAUGUAGGAUUAUAACGGAGCGAUUAAAGAUGAAACAUUAUACUAAACCUGCCUUGUUUUAAAUUAACGCUAAACACAGCUGAAAAUGAACGUCUGUGAACUUUUACACACGCCAUGGUAAAAUGAUCUUCCCUUGAUAUCUUCCAAAGUCGUUAGAAUUUUGAUGCGAUUUUUUUACACACAGUGUUGGUAUGGCAACCAGAAAAGACAGGAAGUUUCGUCAUGCCAAUGUACAUGGAAACUACUGAAUAAAGUCUGUUAGAAUGUGCCCCGUGUUCGGAUGUACCCCGCUCUCCCCUACUUGUUAGCUAUAUUGCCCUCUUAGUUAAACUAAAGAAGGUUACAGAUAAAGUCUUGGCCUGCUUACUACAUCUGAGUUAAUGGGUUAAAUUCAUGGAGUGGUCCAAGGUUUUCGAGAGAGAGAGAGAAAAAAACAUUCUUGUGAGACAUUUUGAAUAUCAAUCUGUUUAUGAUAUUAAUGCACCGGUUUGUCCAGUUUAUUCUCUCUCUCUCUCUCUCUCUCUCUCUCUCUCUCUCUCUCACACACACACACACACACACACACGCACAAACGCACACACAAACAAAGCCAUUUGUUAUGUAACGUGCGCCCCCUUGUGGUAGAAUACAGAACAAUUCUUUUAAGCAUUCUUUUAAUGUAGCACAGCAGGACAUCAUGGGCAAAUAUACAUACAUACAUACAUACAUACAUA